GAAUUAGAUUUUAUAUGUCCGAAUUGAAUCAGAGAUCUAUUGCAGAAAAUACAACUGAGAUUUAGAGAAAACAAUCGAGAGAGAAUACAACUGAAAAUAGAGAAUAUGAGUAAAAGAUAUGUAAAAUAUAGAGCAGACUUGUGGUUUUUAUAUUACAUUGAAGACCAUAACCAUGUAACUGAAAACUAACUAUAUCAAUUAACAGUUAAAGAUUUAUUUGAGUCUUCUUUGGCUCCUUUAUUUGCCUAGAGUUUUUUUUCCAUGGAUUUUAAUUCCAAGUUGCCAAUGUGAGAUGCUAUACUCCAACACUAUCCUCUAGUUAAAAUCCCAUCAUAUAAUUCAACUUAAGUAUGCACCUUCAAUCUUUAACAUGCUAAUGGCAUUUUAAUUAUGGAUUUUCAGGUUCGAUUCAAUAACCAAACAGCUCAACACCCUCACUUUUCAACAGGGCUAAUUGGCAGGGACAAUGCAAUUGCAAGACACGGGAUUUAUGGGCUGUAUACUUUGCAUAAUGUCAGCAUAUCAGGCUCUCAGCUUAAUAGUGGAAGAAAUACAAUAUUUCUAACACAAUCAAAUGGCGUAGGCCCUUUCCAAGGACUUAUGUAUGACUACCUCCGGUUUGAAGGGCCUCCUAACUCGAAUUGAGGCAAGGAGAAGCCUCUUUGACUUCAAUAUUGGACCACUAAAUUUGAUUUUGAUGCAUUUAUUAGGGCAUGACUGGAUAGCAUUCCUACUAAAUCUUGAUUUGUGGCUACCCAUUGUUGAAAAAGCUAUGUAACAACAAGGAGGUUUGCCCAAAGAAAUAAGGAAAAAAUGUGGAAAUGAGCUAGUAGCUCCACCUAUUUGUUGUCACUGCUAAUUUUAAAUGAAAACUUUUAUGUGGGAUAAAGGUUGUUGUUGAAAUCUCGAGUAUCUGUGGGAAUAUGGUGUAAAUUAAGGAAAGUGGGUAAAUGCAGAAGAUUGUAUAUUAUUCUAUAGGGAGAUUGUUUCCUUGUUUAGAAUAUUUGAUUGUAUCAUAUAUUGUAAGAUUAGGAUGUACAUAAUUCAGAAUUCAAGAAAUACAGAAAUUCCAUUAUGUUUUCAUGGUAUUAGAGUUAUGGUUUCUAAACCUUAGUUAGUAAUGGCAGACAACGCCAUCAACAGCACAACUCCGUCUUCUGAUCGAUUCCUUGACGUCCGCUCUCUAUCCUAAGCAAAAACUGCAGUCGAUGUUGGAGGUGGCAACGAGCAUGACGUAGAUGACAUCUUCUGGACUAGCGAUGCCAGCAUGAAUCAGGCGCACUGCCGAUGUCAUUACGAGAUGCCACAGGCGGACAAAUCUAGGAUCCUGGCUGCAUUGCCUGACGAUGAGUUAAGGGUGAAGGCCACACCUCCCAAAUCUAUGCCAUCCAAACACCUUCGCAACAAGAUCGCCGGCUUCUCCACCCACCUCAUGAAGCAGAUCCAGAAGGGUCCCGUUCAGGGUAUUUCUCUGAAGCUGCAAGAGGAGGAGCACGAGAGGCAUAUGGACUUCGUACCCGACGUCUCUGCCAUCAAUACCGAGGUGAUUAAAGUCAACAAGGAGACCACUGACAUGCUUGCCAUGCUCAGCAUGACGAAUCUUCCCGAAGUUAGGGAGGACGAGUCGGUGGCUGCGCCAGUGCCGACUACUCCGUUCAACUGUUGAACUGGCGGACCCGGUAGGAGCAUCAACUGUCGCACGGAUCAAAUCCCCUAUAACCUCGCAGAGACGUCUCAGUUCACGAACCAAUCGAACCGAUGUGCUAAAAAAGACUACGGAGUAGAGAAGGAAAGACUGAAGC